UGGUAUAAAAGCGUGUAGCGUGCCACUGUCAGCCAUAACAAAGCAGACUAACCAGUAGAAGUAUUAAAAUGAAAGUAGCUGUGCUCGCGUUUAUCUUUGGGCUGAGCCUAGCAGUCGCCUCGGCCAACAUUGAUUCUGCUUUCGACAGUGAGGAGCUCCAGGAAUUCACUCCUUUGGACUAUGCUGAUGCACUCGCCGAAGAGGAAGCAUUCAGUAUUUUUGGUUUCUUUUACUUUACACUCAAAGCGUGCUUGCGUACUCUGAAAGGCGUUAAUUGUACCAUCAAAGAAGUACUCAGCAUUCAAGCUGCGGCGGUAGACUUUUUGAGCGACAUUAACAAUUGCAAUGUCGGCGCUGUAAAGAGCGUAACGGCGCUUAUAAAACAAGUCCAAGCAGUCGUUACAACCUGCGAUGAGAUCAUCAAUUUGAAUAGCAAAGUUUGCAACAAUGAGGCCGUAGAUGAUGAAGCAGUCGGCAAUAAGAAGACACCAUCCAAAUGCUUUUCCAAAUUGUUGAAUAAAUUGAUUACACUAAAGAAACAGGUCGCCAAAACAGUUUCAUUAGCGAAGAAAGUGCCAUCCACCCCAGGUGUCUAUGCAGAUUGCACUAAGACCGCUGUAGAUGUUUUGGUUUCGGUCUUUAAAGCUUUUCCCUCUGACAUAAAAAUCUGCUCCAAAUUGAAAAAGUAAAUAUUUUAUUAUACUAAGAAGUCAUUUUAUGCAAGUUUAAUAAAUAUCGAUUAACGC